AUGGCUGGUGUCUUUCAAAAUGUGUUUGGCGGUGCUGCCUCUUCUGGCGCCGUCAGGAGUGAUGAUGAUUUCGCCGAUUUUGCCGCUGUCCCCAAUCCUUCCCCCGCAGGCUUGACAUCCGGACAGUCUGCCCCAGCAGCUGCCGUCACCGGAGCCAGCGCCGUCCCAUACACCGCAUGGUAUCGCGUCUGGGAAAGAGUCACCCCCCAGGAUUUCCUGCAAGAGGCAUUCAUUCUCCCAUUUUUGCUUAUCCUUCUUGGAUUCCACUUCUGGGGCACACGCAAGAACAAGAGCAAGGCCAAGGCAUGGGCAGUCGCCCAUGCGCCUAUUAUCGAAAGCGAAUUCGCUGUUGUCGGUUUUGGCAGCGUCGCUAAGGGUACCUCUGUCGAGGGUGCUCAGUCGAUUGACCCCGAGAAACUGUUGAAGGAGAAAUCCAAGCAGGAGUAUCAGUCGUAUGCUACCGGUCGUCAAAACGUUGCUUUCCUUGAUGUCUCCAUCAAGCUUGUGAAGCGCUACAACCCUAUUGUGUUUAUCAUGGACAAUGCGUUGGGUCUUUUCUUCGAAAGUUUUCCCCCACCAGUUGAAAGAGUCGAGUCUACUCUGUACACUUUCGAUGGCAAGGAGAAGGAGAUUGUCCCCACGCCAGGUGGUGAUGUUUCUUCUCUCAAGGUGCCCAAUUCGACUUAUGACGGAUUCAUCUGGGCCGUUGUGCACAAGAAUGCCAUGCGUCAGCUCCGUCAGGACCGUUACGAUGCCUCCAUGACUUUUACCAAGGACAACUCCAAGCUUCCCGCGUGGGUGACUGUGAUGACCGAAAGUGCCGAAAUUACCGAUUUCUUGUUGACUCCUCAGUUGAUCAAAGCUAUUGAGGAAGCUGGUGAUGCUUUUGAGUACUUGAUCAUCACUGACCAGCCUAUUGACAAGCCAUUGAAAAUCGAAGAAGCCGUCCCCAAGAAACGUAUCCAACUCUCCCUCACCAUCCCCUCAAAUGGCUACGCCUCCACCCUUUCUCUCUACAGCUAUUUCCUCCGUCUCCCCGACACCCUCGCCUCCGGCGCGCACUUCCGUCCUGAAGUAACCCGCAAACUGCGCAACGCCCGCGAAGAAGAAAUCCGCAAACUCCGCCGCGCAGAUGAAGAAGAGAAAGCCGAGGAGCGCAAGUUUGCCGCUGAGAAGCUCAAGAAGGACGAGCGCGAGCGGUUGUUGCGUGGCAUGACGGCUGAGGAGCAGAAGAAGUUUUUGGAGAAGGAAAAGGAGAAGGAGCAGCGGAAGAUGAUGAAGAGGAGUACUCGACGAGGUUGA